CAAGGUUUUAGGCUCUUCAUCUCUCUUUGCCAUGGCUGUUUACAAGGUUUUUCUCAUAUUGGCUAUGGCCAUGGUAGUUUCCGCUAUAGACAGUAAUUGGUACGAUGCGCAUGCAACUUUUUACGGUGACAUGAGUGGUCGAGAAACAAUGCAGGGAGCUUGUGGAUAUGGAGAUCUUUUCCAACAAGGAUAUGGACUAGAGACGGCGGCGCUAAGCACAGCCCUUUUCAAUGACGGGCUUAGUUGCGGAGCUUGUUUCCAGAUCGUUUGUACGAACGAUCCGCAGUGGUGCAUUCCGAAGGCCGGUUCGAUCAUAAUCACCGCAACAAACUUCUGCCCUCCGAACUACACUCGAGGCAAAACGGACGCCUGGUGCAAUCCUCCGCAAAAGCAUUUCGACCUUUCUAUGCCAAUGUUCACUAAGAUUGCGUACUAUAAGGCUGGAAUCGUUCCCGUCCGCUAUCGCCGCGUCUUGUGUUCCAAGAAAGGAGGAGUCAAGUUCGAGAUUAACGGAAAUCCGUACUUUACCCUUGUGCUAAUCUAUAACGUCGGCGGUGCCGGGGACGUGAAUGCUGUAAAGAUCAAGGGCUCGAACACCCAAUGGAUUACCAUGACUCGUAACUGGGGGCAAAAUUGGCAGACCGCAACUGUUUUGACGGGGCAAAGCUUGUCAUUCCAAGUCACAGUAAGCGACGGGACGACACUAGAAUUUGAUAACGCGGCGCCUAUUGGGUGGAAUUUUGGGCAGACAUAUGAUGGGGGAAAGAAUUUCUAGUUCGUACAUUUUUCAUUCCAGUGCUUGUAUUAUGUUGUUUAAAGGGAUUGAUGCAUAGAUUUCAAGUCCCUUUUUCUAUUUGUAAGGAAGGAUUCAAUAAGUUUGAUCAGUAACUAAUGCCAUCCAUCGUCUCAUUUUCACUUUC